CGCAGCCCUGCGUCAGAGCGAGACUUCCCCGCUCCGCACACUCACUGCCCCCGUCCCCCUCCUGCGGGUCUCCGCGGGCGGCAGCGCCUGCCGCCCCGUCCCGUCGCCUCAGCGCGGGCAGUGCUUCCGAAGUCCCCACGCACACCCGCCCUCCUCUCCAUGCCCCGUCCCCGGGGGGGCGGCGGCGGCGAGCUCCUGUGCCUCCGCGGGCGCGGCUACCACGCCGGGGGCGGCGCGGCCCCGGUCACCGGGUCGUGAAGGCGGGCGGGGGGGCGCGGGACAGGCGGGACAGGCGACGAGGGGCCGGCAGUGGCCCAGGGCGCGGCUCCGGGCUCCGCCGCCCCGCCGGGUGGAUGCCAAGCGCUGCCCCGCCGGCCGCCGCCGCGCCGCCGUCGCGGGACCCAUCCAGCGGGAGAGAGAGGCCGGCGGCGGCCCCGCAGGACGGCGCCCGCCCGCUCGGCAGCACCAUGAAGGCGGCGGAGGAAGAACACUAUAAUUAUGCAUCUUCAAAUGUAAGUGCUGGCUUGCCUCUAAAUGUGGCACAUUCCUCAUUGUCAACUCCAUGUCAUGGCCUGCAGACAUCAAAUCCCGUCAUUUCAGUUGUCCCAUCGGCAAACCAUCCCUCUGGAUAUGGAGGACACAUUGACAGCGCGGCCUCCGAAUACUACCUGCCACCAAACAUGAGACCUAAUGGAGCUCCAGCACUGGAGAGCCCCAGAAUUGAGAUCACGUCUUACAUGGGAUUGCAUCAUAACAACAACCAGUUUUUCCACGAUGAGGUGGAGGAGGCCAUCCCUAACACCAAGCGGUCACCUUCCACUGCCACUUUGAACUUGCCAAACAUCGAGGCAUACAGAGACCCGUCGUGCCUCAGUCCAGCAAGUAGCUUGUCUUCCAGAAGCUGCAACUCUGAAGCGUCUUCCUAUGAGUCUAACUACUCGUAUCCAUAUACUUCACCUCAGACCUCUCCGUGGCAAUCCCCGUGUGUCUCUCCGAAGACCACCGACACAGAGGAGGGCUACCAACGCAGCAUGGUGGCCUGUACUUUGCUCAGUUCCCCAAGGCACUCUCCAUCAACAUCUCCUAGAACGAGCAUCACAGAGGAGAACUGGCUGGGGGCUCGCAACUCCAGGCCUCCGUCUCCCUGCAACAAGAGGAAGUACAGCCUUAAUGGCCGGCAGACCUCCUAUUCCCCACACCACUCCCCCACUCCUUCUCCGCAAAACUCACCGCGGGUGAGUGUCACGGAUGACACUUGGCUGGGAAACACAAACCAGUACACCAGCUCCGCCAUCGUCGCUGCCAUCAAUGCCCUCACCACUGACAGCACCAUCGAUAUGAAUGAUGGGAUUCCCAUCAAGUCGAGGAAGACCGCCAUUGAUCACACCCCAUCCAUGACUCUCAAAACUGAACCGGCUGGCGAGGAUCAUGGGACCAUAUCGCCAACUGCUGAUUUGUCACCAGAAGACUUCUCCAGCUUUCAGCACAUCAGGAAGGGAAACUUCUGCGAGCAGUACCUGUCUGUGCCACAGCAUCCCUACCAGUGGGCCAAACCAAAGCCUCUGUCUCCAACAUCCUACAUGAGCCCAUCCCUGCCUGCUCUUGAUUGGCAGCUGCCAUCUCACUCAGGACCUUAUGAACUACGUAUCGAAGUGCAGCCGAAAUCCCACCACCGAGCUCAUUAUGAGACAGAAGGCAGUCGAGGGGCUGUGAAGGCAUCUGCGGGGGGCCACCCCAUUGUGCAGCUCCAUGGUUACUUAGAAAGCGAGCCGCUCACGCUGCAGCUGUUCAUUGGGACUGCAGACGACCGCCUGCUGCGACCCCAUGCCUUCUACCAGGUUCACCGGAUCACCGGCAAGACCGUGUCCACCACCAGCCAUGAAACAAUACUUUCCAACACCAAAGUCCUGGAAAUUCCACUUCUUCCAGAGAACAACAUGAGAGCAAUCAUCGACUGUGCUGGGAUAUUAAAGCUCCGAAACUCUGACAUUGAGCUGCGCAAGGGAGAGACAGACAUCGGUCGGAAGAACACACGUGUGCGUCUGGUCUUCAGGGUUCAUAUCCCACAAGCCAAUGGCAGGACCCUCUCCUUGCAAGUAGCUUCCAACCCCAUUGAGUGCUCUCAGAGAUCUGCCCAAGAACUGCCUCUGGUGGAGAAGCAAAGUACCGACAGCUUUCCUGUUACUGGAGGGAAAAAAAUGAUACUGACUGGUCAUAACUUUCUGCAAGACUCCAAAGUCAUCUUUGUGGAGAAAGCGCCAGAUGGUCACCAUGUGUGGGAAAUGGAAGCCAAAACCGACAAAGAAAUGUGCAAGCCAAAUUCAUUGGUGGUUGAGAUACCACCUUUCCGCAAUCAGAGAAUUACCAGCCCUGUUCAGGUCAACUUCUAUGUCUGCAACGGUAAAAGAAAGAGAAGCCAGUACCAGCUUUUCACCUAUCUUCCUGCUAAUGUUCCAAUUAUAAAAACAGAACCCACAGAUGACUAUGAGCCUGCUCAAACCUGUGGACCAAUGAACCAAGGCUUAAGCCCUCUCUCUAAACCGUACUACAGUCAGCAGAUCAUGAUGCCCCCUGAUCCUGGUUCAUGCCUCGUGGCUGGCUUUGCCUCCUGUCAGCAGAGAAACGCUGUGAUGUCACCUUCUCCCAACGCAAGCCCCAAGCUGCAUGACCUUUCCUCCUCUCCUUACAAGUGCAUCCCCAACCCGGGACACAGUCACCUCGGACUUCAGCAGCCCACUGGAGGUGUCCCCACCAUACAGGAAGUGCCAAGGUCUAUAGUUGUGCACCCAAGCCCCCCCGAGCAAUCAUCUCACGUCAUGCUGCAGCCGCAGUCCUGCAGUCCAACUCACUCAUCCAUAAUGGGUCAACAGCAGCAGCAACUGCCGAAGGUUCACAGAAAUGAGUCUCCAACAACCCAACCACUGUCAUUGCCAGAGUUGCAUGAGGAAAGUAAUCAUAAUUUGGCCCCUAUUCCUGUAACGAUCAAGCGAGAACCUGAGGAAUUGGACCAGAUGUACCUGGAUGAUGUAAAUGAAAUUAUAAGGAAUGACCUUUCCAGUACCAAUGUCCACUCGUAGCUUUCAGUGUGGGCCUGGUAUGAAAUACACACUUUUGACUUGGCUGGCGCGUCACUUCAAGUUGGGAGAUGCCGAAUGAACUGAAGACGUUGCCUGGUACCACUCUGAUCUUCCACCUUAAUGAAUGUCAGGAACUGAAGAUUUACCUCUUGCUUACAAAGAAGUAGCUCCUCAACAUCAACUGAAGAAACAGCUUUUUUUAAAGAAAAUCAUCUCAGAAGAGAGAAGAGGGAUACACUCCAAGAUGGCGCAUUUCGUGGGACAAAACUAGGAAACUCAGCAAAAUCUGAGCGCUUCUUCCCAAUGCUGAUCCUUUUGGCACGGCACCGCUGAAAUACAGCCCUGGAAGUGCCUUAUUUUACCAGGUUGUGGCAUCAGGGCAUUUUUAAUAAGCUUUGAGUUCGCUACCAUUAAAAGUGUUGGUAGGUGCAGAAACUCUAGAGCUUGAAUUCUGGAGAGUGAUAUUGGAAAAAAGCAUAGGACUCUGCAGCAGAGUAGGGAGAGCAAUCCCGACUCCAGUAAGACACGUUUAUGAAUUCCAGAAUUUCCUCAGCUUUUCUUCUGCUGUAAUGUACAGCCUAUUGCCUUAUUCUCAGUGCAUUUCAAAAGCCUCCUGAUUCAUCAUCAUCUCAGCUUUCUUUUGCAUAUUGUCUUUAUUAUGUGCUAAUGAAUCAUAGGGUCGGUAGUAGUAGCAUGGUUAAGAUUUUGAUUUUGAUCCGGCUUCUGUCAUAGCACAAGUGAGUUGAAUAGCACAAAAUAAAAAAGGUUGAUGGACAAAAAAUUGAAAUCUAUCUUUUACAUGAUAGAUGAAUGUGUAUGCAUGUACAUACAUACUAGUAUAUAUGCAUAUAUUUAUAUAUGACAAAUAAUAUAGAUGAUUGCCUAGUAAGGGCACUGAAUUUAGCAAUAAUUUCAAUUUCUGAGAAUGCAUUUCAAAUCCACAGCAAAUAUUUCAGCUACUUCUUUUGAGGGUUUGUUGCACCUAAAGCAGGUAUGCAUUUUCUUUCCUCACGCAGUUAAGCAAGCACUUUAGAUAGGCAAGAAGGAUGCAUACAAGAUACAUGUUAUUUACCAAAUGCCAGAAUAUGAGUUAUAGUAACUGUAAAUACCAUUAUGGAAGAGUGUAAAAUAUUUGUUCAGUUAUAAUGUUAUUAUUCCGCAGAAGCCUUAUAACUCUCUGCUACGUGUAUGGAAAAGGAUGUUACCAAAAACCCACCUUGGUUUCACAUGUGGCGCUGUAUAGUAUGUUUUCAGAUUAGCUAACGUUCCUGGAGCUACAGGUAGGCAUGUAGUGUAGGCUUCAACAUUGUAUUUUUUACAAUCAACUGCUUAUUAUAUAACUAGCAACGACCUAUUACUUCACAUAACCAAAAAAAAAAAAAAACCAACAUAAAAAUAAAAUAAAAACUAAACUAAACUAAAAUAGCAUGACUUUAAAUUAAAAAUGUUUAACAUUAAUAUUGUGCCUUAGGAAUCUGUGCCCCCUCCUGGAAACACACCCAAACUACACCCCCGAACUGGGGUGGCUCCUUAACCCCGAUGCAAUGAAGACUGAACAGGUUUCACAAAAAGGUGAAAUCCAACUAAGUGUUUUAAAACAUUAUUCUGUAUAAUUAUGUCUUACUUUCUUUAGGAAAAAAAAAAUGAAAGCCAUAUUUGUCACAUUUGCACAUUACUGUGAAGACAUGAGAAUAUAAUAUGGCUCUAUGUACAUAAUAUGCUGUUACUGGUCCUUAUAAUAGUCUGUUAUUCCUCACCUGUUUAAUCCCAAUUAUUUACCCUGUAUUUAGCGUUGUAGACGUUGCAUGAAACGUUUCUUAUAGACUGCCAUAUGAAAAGUUAAAAAGCUCGACAGAUGUCAGCUUGACUUGUAGCUAGAAAACAGAACUAAUAAAGCAAAAUGUUUUGCUGGAAGCUAGUCUUAGAGUGGUUCAUUCUAUGUUAUCUUGAAAAAUCUUCUUUUCUCAUAUAAAAUAGCAUUUUUACAUUAUAUACAUAUAUCUCUCCAUCUCUUCUAUAUGAAGCUGCUUGCAUCCUGCUGCAUCCUGCUAAUAUAACCAUCUUAGUAUGGAAGCAAAGUCUCUUGUCAACAGACUCCAUUUCCCCACUGCAUUUAAAGACAUUGCUCCCAAGAGGAGGAAAUUGUAUAUGAUAUAAUCCUCAGAUUUUAUUCUCUCAUUAUUUCAGAAAUGUCAAUAAACUGUGCAUGGAGGAAUCUCUGAUUAUGCCAAAGCAUUUUUUAUUCAUAUACUAAAUACCUUGGGUGAGGCUUUAACCAUGCGGAACAAUAGAGACACACACACACAGAGACACAUUUCAGCAGUAAUUUUAGCAGAGUUUUCAAAUGUAUGGUUUGGCUAUGUUGCAGCUCCUUCAUUCUGAUUUUUAUUUUCCUUUUUAAGCUAUUUUGGAAAAAAAAAGAUCCCAACCUGUUACCUUUAAGCCUGGAUAAUGGAAGAUUAUGCAUCUGUUGUAUAUGUAUUCAUAAAAUAAAAAUGAAAGCAGAAAUA